CGACAAGUGUAUUUCUCACCAUUUGGACAGCGGACCCGUGAAUCUACCCCCAAAACCCUCCGAGACGUAUCUAACGGCCCUUUUCUUGGUCAAGUCACAACUAGAAUCUCGAGUAUUCCAACACUGCAAAUAAGUAGUACCCGUCCGAGAAUCAGUCUUGAAACAAAAUCCAAGAUGGAUCAAGCAGCGGCGCAACCUCGAAAAUGUCCGGGACUGGAUUGCGACAACGAUGCGUCGACGUUACAGUGCCCCAAGUGCAAGGAAAUGGGAGUUGACAGUUUCUUCUGUUCACAAGAAUGUUUUAAGCGGAGUUGGGCCGAGCACAAAACGCUACACAAGAAAAGCGGCCACUUUAAUCCAUUUCCCACAUAUCCCUUUACCGGCUCCCUGAGACCCGUUUAUCCUCUGUCGCCGAAGCGAGAGAUCCCAAGGUCGAUACCGCACCCGGAGUGGUCACAGGAUGGCAUCCCGAGAUAUCCCUACGUGCGCAAGAACAACAUUCAAGUCUUGGAUGAAAAGGGCAUCGCGGGGAUGCGCAAGGUGUGCAGACUGGCCAGAGAAGUGUUGGAUAUUGCUGCCGCCGCAGCCAAACCUGGCGUCACAACCGACCAGAUCGACGAGAUUGUUCACAAUGCGUGCAUAGAACGAAAGUCAUAUCCUUCUCCUCUGAACUACAACCAUUUCCCAAAGUCGGUCUGCACCUCGCCCAACGAAGUCAUCUGCCACGGCAUACCCGACCAGCGGGUCUUGCAGGACGGGGACAUUCUGAACAUCGACGUCACGCUCUACCACGAAGGGUACCACGGGGACCUGAACGAGACGUACUACAUCGGAGACAAGGCCAGGGCGGACCCGGACAACGUGCGGCUCGUGGAGACGACGCGGGAGUGCCUGGAGAGGGCCAUCGAGCACGUCAAGCCGGGGGUCAAGAUCGCCGACUUUGGCGACAUCAUCGAGAAGCACGCCAGAUCCCGGCAGCUCAGCGUGGUCAAGACGUACUGCGGCCACGGCAUCAACUCGCUGUUCCACUGCGCGCCCAACGUGCCGCACUACGGCAAGAACAAGGCCGUCGGCAAGUGCAAGGCCGGCAUGACCUUCACCAUCGAGCCCAUGAUCUGCCUGGGCCAGCACAAGGACAAGACGUGGCCGGACGACUGGACCGCCGUCACCUCGGACGGCAGCCGCUCGGCGCAGUUCGAGCACACGAUGCUGGUCACCGACGACGGCGUCGAGGUCCUGACGGCGCGGUUACCGACUUCCCCGGGCGGCGCCAUACCCGUGCCUGCUUCUUCUGCGAACGGGACCACCGCCACGCACACGAAUGGAGUCGCUUGAUACAAAAAAAAAUAGCAUGAUGCCGUGGUUCUCCCGGAAUAAAUCAGUCGGCUGGAAUGAUCUCAUCUUGACGGAUAGAGGGCGAGUAGAUAUACCUUGGGAACCGAACUAUACCUCUUCAGCAGCACUUGCACUUGAAGCACAUGUAAGGCGUGACAUCAAAAUCGAUCUUCAUUUAUAACUUCCAGAAAAUCUGAC